AAGCAUGACUUUUGUAUUACAUAAUAAAGCAUAAGAAUUUCUAUCGUAGAUUACCAGUUUUAGGGUUUUAUAUAUCUUUUUAGGCUUACUGUUACUAAUUAAAGCGGCAUAAAAUGAAUGAGGAAAAAGAUUUUACAAAAACGCUUUUUGCGUCCGUCGAAACAGGUAACUUGGACGAAGUUGUGAAAUUGUUCGAAAAGGAUGAAGCUAAACCAGAUGUUUAUGACGAAAAUGGUAUGACACCACUGAUGCAAGCAGCAUACAAAGGAAAUUAUGGAAUUUGUCAAUUUCUUCUGAAGAAAAAAGCAAAUGUGAACGCAACUCAUCAUGAAAAUGAUUAUACUGCCCUGAUGAUGGCUGCUUUAUCUGGCAAACAAGAUGUUGUUGAACUUCUGCUUGCUAAUGGGGCAAAUGCGGAUCAUCAAAACUCCAUCGGAAAACGCGCUUCUGAGUUAUCUGCAUUUGUUGGUCAACAUGAAAUUUCGAGUUUAAUCAAAAAUUAUUUAUCUCUUGAUAAACUGGGACCUUACACGAAGGGUCAAGGGGUCAACCCCCCUCGCUUACCACUGGAGGCCGCUGUUCCUUUACAAAAAAUUGUGAUGAUGUCAAACCCACAUCCAGUGAAGAUAAUAACUUCCAUCAUGGAUUGCGAAAUAAUCAAUAAAGUAGAAGUUCUGAAGAAAAUGGAAUCUGUUUUAUCUGAUUUGUGCAGCAAAAGUGUAAGAUCUAGAACAGAUUACGAUGAAAUUCUCGCAUUAAAGACGCAUUACUUGUCCACUGUCCUUGAAAUGGUGAUCAAUUUCAUGAAAUCCCACCCCGACAAAAAACUUGACAACCUCGUGAAGCAGGUUCUAGUUACAAAUGAUGCAGGAUUUAACAUCGCAGUUGAAAAAUUAAUUCGUAAAUCAUUGCAAGAUUUCCGUUACCCUGAGCUCCCAUUGCUUCAGUACUUUGUGAAAACUAUAUCCCCAGUUAAAAUGGGUGCAGAACCCACUGCGAUCUCAUGUUUGGUAAACAUGUUCAUUGGAGCACACGCUGCAUCUUUGAGAUCGGAUGUUUGUGAUGCUUGUGGUGAUACUUCAUCGAAAUUAAGAUGCAGUGUAUGCAAAGAGGCCCUUUACUGCAGCAAAAGAUGUCAGAAAUUUCACUGGUUUGUUCAUAAGAAGUUUUGUGGAAAGUCAAAACAGUAUGAAAUAUCAUAAACAUUUUGGCAGAGAUAAGACUCUAUUUUAAAGAAUACUUGCAACUUAUAAUACAGAAAUAUCCCCACUUUUGUACAAGGUUCAUUAAACACGGGCAUGUGUGUUAAAAUGGAUUUUGGUUUCUUUUGGUGCAAAUUGUUAAUUUUGUAAACUCUUUUUCAGCUUGUUUUUAUAUCUAAGUUUAAUACAGUAAUCAUAUUUAUUUAAUUAAAUUUUCGGUUAGUUUUUUUGGAAAUAAUGUUCAGUGUUUAAAUUAUCAUUCAACAAUUAACUAAAUCAUGAAAUGUUUAAACGCCUGUUUUCCACUGCCGUGUAUUGCUUUUCAAAUUCCCAAUAUAAAAUUAUGUUGUAUUUUAAUCAACAGUUGGGUUUGUUUUGAAUGAUAAAGAUUAGUCUCACUGUGUUAUGGGUUUUUAUUUGUAUAAUUUUAGUGUUGUUAGUAAUUGAUUUAUAAAGCCGCAUACCAGUUUUAUAAACCUUAAUAAUUUGACCAGAAAGUUACAGAAUUAUAAUUCUGUGAACAUUAAGUUUCUGGUAAUGCCCUCAAGACAUUUGUGAGGCUUUUCUUGGGAUACAAUCAAUAAGAAUCUAAACAAAUGAGAAUUGCCUAAACAUUACAUGCAUGGUUGUCUGCUGUACAUGAUGUCAUGUGCUAUCUAUACAGUUGAGGUAAUUUAACUUUGUCUAACAUUGGCCAUUGCUUAAUGUUAAUAUGACACAUAUCUCUGUCAACUUAUUUUUUCACAAAACUUUUUUAAUGUUCUAUCUAUAUGGAUACAAUUGUAUUGCAAGGCAAGCAAUGGCACCUUAGAUUUAUGCCACAAAGCUGGUCCAUUAUUACAAUACUACCAAAAUUGUC